AUGCUCGCAACGCCAUCGGCAUCGUCCGGGUCCAGGGAGGCUCUGGCAGGCAGUGAGGCUCUUGCCAAGAGCCUCGAGCGCCCGGAGGGCGAGCAUGUCCUGCUCCCCAAAGCUCUACGGAUCGCUGGCCGCGAGUAUCGCUCUGCCAAGAUCCUGCGAGAGUUCCGGACAAAGAGCAGAGCGCGUCUCCUUCAACUGGAGCCUGGCUCUGUUCUCUUCAUCGCGAAGUUUGAGAACGUCUUUCCCGAGUACGCCGUAAUGGCUGCGCUGCGGCAGUUGAACAAGCACUGGCAGAAGCAUCGUCUUUUCAUCGGCAGCGAGCCGGUGCAGGCAAGCACAUUCGGCGUUUUUCCUAUGGGCCCCGCACUGGGCCUGGUCGAGGUCGUUCCGCACAGCCGCACUCUUCGGGAGUUGUCUGAAGGCAUUCCCUUCGGGGAGCGGCAGUACCGCGUGCUGCGUGCUUUAGGUGGAGAUUCGAAGCGUUUGGACCGACUGGCUGCCAGCGUCUGUGCCUACCUUACCUCGGGCUACGUCCUCGGUAUCCGAGAUGGCCAUGACGAUAACCUGAUGCUUCAUCGGGAUGGCAACCUCUUCCGCGUCGACUUUGGAUUCGCUUUCGGGCGAACGCCGGAAAUUGAUGCCCCUGGCAUCUUCGUUCCAAAUGCUGUUGCCGUGGCCCUCGGGGAGCCUCGCUGGCGGCAGGUGAUGUGUGCCUGCAAAGAGGCGCUGCAGGCCUUGGGCAGCCGACCAGGACGCCCUCCAGCUUGGGACUGCUUGGCUAAGGUCCCCGAGCUCAAAGCGUUCCUCCAUGACGUCCACGAGCAUACGAGCACCCUGAGCUCGCAGAACUUCGAGUACCAGGUGGCCCAUGCCACAGAGUGGACCCUGCAGCGCGCGGCCAAGAACACUCUGCGAGAAGCUGUUCGAUACAUCACCGCCGAAAGCGAGGUGAAAA